CUUGCGCAUUUCAUUGAUACUUGUCUAAAUCACGUCCGCCUAUUUAUCUCACUGUGACUUGAUUAUUUAAACAUGUAAAUAUAUACAUUAAAUUAGUACGAAAGAGUGAUCACAGUGCUUUUUUAGUCAUCAAAUAUUUAAUAAUAUUUAAUAAUAAUAUUAUAUUGUUGUAUUAAUAACAAUAAUUAUUAUUAAAAUGACGGAAUUACGACAUAGAAAUGUUAAUGAAACUUCUGGAUCUGUUGGAGAUGUCAGUGAGGAUCAAAGAGAAGAUUUUGAAUCUGAAGAUGAUGGAAAAACUGAAGUUGAGGAAAUGGCUAAAACUCUUCCCCAAGGAACUGAUCAUACCCCGCAAAUUCUUGAAGCUGCACUUUCUGGCUUACCUUCUCGCUGGAAAAAUUGGACUAUUCGGGGUAUUUUCACUCUCCUUAUGAUUGCCAUGUUUUGUCUUAUAAUUAUUGGAGGACCAUUAGCACUGAUGGUCACAACUCUAAUCGUACAAGUCAAAUGUUUUGCUGAAAUAAUUAAUAUUGGCUAUGCUGUUUAUAGAAUUCAUGGCUUACCAUGGUUUCGUUCAUUAUCAUGGUAUUUUUUAAUAACAUCAAAUUACUUUUUUUAUGGUGAAAAUUUAAUGGAUUAUUUUGCUGUUGUUAUUAAUCAAACGGAUUAUCUAAGAGUUUUAGUAACUUAUCAUCGUUUUAUCUCAUUCUGUUUGUACAUUGUUGGAUUUGUCUGGUUUGUUUUAUCACUGGUUAAAAAAUACUACAUGAAACAAUUUUCCCUAUUUGCAUGGACACAUGUAGCUCUACUAAUUGUUGUAACCCAGAGUUACUUGAUCAUACAAAAUAUAUUUGAAGGACUGAUAUGGUAAUUAUUAAUAUUAAUGGUGUGUUAAUCAUCAUUAAUUAAAAUUAAAGGAUUUAUUGGUGGUGGUGUGUCAACAGUUAUUCUUGGAUUAUUGAUGUCAUAUGCAUUGUGUCAGUAUCGAUACUUUGUGUGUCCAAUUGAAUACAGUGAAGCUUUAGGCAGAAUGAAACUUGAUUGUGAACCUUCCAGUCUUUUCAGACCACAAGAAUAUAUACUUCCUUUUAAUUCAAAUACAAGCAUCACUAUUUAUCCAUUCAUGUUGCACUCUCUGUCAUUGUCAGUAUUCAGUUCAGUUAUUGGACCUUUUGGUGGAUUUUUUGCAAGUGGGUUUAAACGUGCUUUCAAAAUAAAGGAUUUCGGUGAUGUUAUUCCUGGACAUGGUGGAAUUAUGGAUCGUUUUGAUUGUCAAUAUUUAAUGGCAACAUUUGUCAAUGUUUAUAUAUCAUCAUUUAUUCAUACAGCAUCACCACAAAAAUUAUUACAACAAGUUUAUAAUUUAAGACCCGAACAACAAUUGCAAUUUUUUGAAGCACUCAAAGGUACUUUAGAAACUCGAGGUGUGCUAAAUGCAUCUGCUAUUAUUUAAUAACAAAUAAGUUACUUAAAAUUAAUUUUUUGUUUUUUAAAUUGUGAUUAAUGUUUUCUCCAUUUCAUUGGAUAAAUUAUUGGGACUUGAUGUUUCAAAGAGUAGGUCUCAUGUGGAGAAGUAAAUUUGCGAGCAUAUUUUUUUUUUUUCUCAAUUUAUUUACUUAUUUAUUUAAAGAUGUAUUCUAUUUUUCUGUCGUUCGUUGACGUGCAAUCAUUCCAUUUGACACUAUUCAAAUAAUUUUCAUAACUACCUAUUUUUAUUUUUCAAUCAUUAUUUUUGUUUUUUUUUUUUUCAACCAAGUGCAUUUGUAUUGUUGUCUUUUUUUUUUUUUUUUUUAUCUAAUUUUAGUUUUGGUGCUUAUUUAUUAAUCAACGUUGUGACGUAAAAAUUAUUGUCAUUUAAAAACAUCACAGUACUAUGUAAAUAUUUAAAAAACAAAUAAACUACAAUAUCUUGUGAUUUAUUAGUCAAAAACUAACAAUCGUAAUGAUACUUGUAAUUUAUGAAUGAAAAAUAAUUAUAUUAUUAAUGUCAAUGUUUUUUUUUUUUUUUUACAACAAAAAAAAAUAAAACAUUGAUCAAGUAUUUUGUGAAUUUAAAGAGACAAAUCAAUGUAGACCAAAGAUUUAUUUGAAACGUUGAAUAAUUUCAUAUUAAAAUAUAAUUAAAUAUUUUUUUUUUUCUUUCCUUACAUUCAAAUUUAGAAAAAAAAUAUAAUUUAUUAUUAAAAUAAUGAAAUGAUUAGCACGUGAACUUAAUUAAUUUUUAUUAAAUACUUUUUUUCUUUGAAAUUAAAGCAACUAGUUUAUAUAUUUUGUUGAACUUUCAAAUAUUAUUAAAAAAUAUAUAUGAAAAUUAAAAAAGUGUUUUUCAAUGUAAUAGAUGUGUAUAUGUAUAUUUAAAAAAUAAUUAUGAUGAUGUUAAUGAUGUAGAAAAAAAAAAAACAAAAAGUAAAAAAACUAGUUAUAGUAUAAAUAAAAUUGUUGGGAUCAUGUUGACUGUAUGACAAUUUAAACUGUCACUCAUUGACAAUGAGGAUCAUGAAUCUUUAGUCAAUCAUUUAUUAAGCUAUUAUUUAAAAUAAUAAAUCAAUAAAAUAAUUAUAUUUAUUGUUAAAAAAUUCAUUGUAAGAAAGAUGAAAAAACAAAAAGAAAAAAAUUAUACUAAUUUCAUUCCGACGAUUUAUUAAUUUUAUUAUAAAAAAAAAUUUAUCCAGUGUACUUUAACUCUUUUUUUUUUUUGACUAUUUAUCUUAAUUAACAAUUGAGUAGUACAAUAAGUGUGCAAAUUAAAAAUCCAAUUAUUUAAAUAAAAUGUGUUACCCAACGUUUAAUGUACCUUAAAAAAAAAUACCAUAAGUUAAAUGUAGUAACAAUAAAAGAGAUAAAUAAAUAAAUAAACCAUCAAAAUA